GCGGUCACCCCCGUCAUUGCGCCAAGGGGAGCUGGCCCGGGGGCGGCGGUGCAAUGCCGAAAGCUCUCCGCUGGAAGCUCCUGAGCCGGCGAUAAUUGACUUGUCCAACUUACGUCGCCGACACCGAAGACUUGCCACUUUUCCAGACAACGCCAGCCAAACCCCCCAUCUCGACGCAUCCACGCUCUGCGGCCGGCCGAUCAGGGCUGUCUUAGUUGACCGAAACGCGCCCACAGCCAGCACCGGAUCCCUCGAGAAUCAAACCUGCUUCGCACGCCAACCGCCCCCCCUUCCCCCAUCCUUCCCCCGCGUCACGUCGCCGCCGCCCAUCAUGUCUCAAGUCCACGCUCUGUCCGACGACCAGGUCGGACAGGAGCUCCGCAAGAUGACGGCCUUCAUCAAGCAGGAGGCCAUGGAGAAGGCGCGCGAGAUCCAGAUCAAGGCCGACGAGGAGUUCGCCAUCGAGAAGUCCAAGCUCGUGCGCCAGGAGACGGACACCAUGGACGGCGCCUACGAGAAGAAGUUCAAGCAGGCCACAAUGUCGCAGCAGAUCACGCGCUCCACCGUCGCCAACAAGACGCGCCUCAAGGUCCUGGCCGCCCGCCAGGAGAUGCUCGACUCCAUCUUCGAGCAGGCCCGCGAGCGCCUGGCCGGCGGCGCCAAGGACAAGGCCAAGUACACCGCCGUGCUCAAGAGCCUGCUGCUCGAGGGCUUCUACGCCCUCCACGAGCCGUCCCUGCAGGUCCGCGCCCGCAAGGCCGACCACGACGUGGUCAAGUCGGCCAUCGACGAGGCCGUCAAGGAGUACAAGGCUGCCAUGGGCACAGACCUAAAGGCAUCCAUCGACGAGUCGAACCCGGUCCCCGAGGGAAGCGCUGGAGGUGUCAUGAUCCUGGGCGGAGACGGCAAGAUCGAGAUCGACAACACGUUCGAGGCGCGGCUUUCCAUCCUCAGCACCAGCGCACUGCCAGCCAUGAGGCAGGCCCUGUUCGGCUCGAACCCGAACCGCAAGUUCUUCGACUAAGCGAGGCGAAGGAUUGGCUUGGACACUCUCGACAAAACAAAAAAAAGGCCAACUACUAUUAGCAUGUGACUGUGGUGGUCCGACCAGCUCCGCAAACGUCCAUUGCAUGGGCGCAGCAGCUUGGGCAUGUGUGGGUAUCUCUCUUAUUUUCCUUUUACAAGUCUGUGUAUUAUGCACUUUGCACACAUUUAUCUUUCCUGCAUAUCGACGUCAUGUGAAGCCCAUUUAAAGGAGCCGGAUGGUACAACAGCGUCUUUCGUGACUCCUCUUGCCCCUCGCCUGAUUUCAACUUAGGAAGUCCGCACAUAGAUGGUGCUGUCGUCCCGCUUGCUGGCCGCGGCCAUGAUCUUGGCCUGGAACAUAUUCCUGAUGUCCUGAUGCUUGAGGCCCGCC